AUGGAAAUUUUGGAUGCGUUUGAUGAAGGAGAAUUUGAUGAUUUUGCUGCCCUUACUGAUCAGGAUGACAAUGCCAAACAGUAAUUUUAAUUCUUGCUUUUUCCUAAUUUAAAAUUUUUUAUUUUCAGGUCUGCAUCCCACAGUCAUAAACAUCAUGAACACGUUGAGAGGACCGUAGAAGAAGAUGAAUUUAUAUUGUAAGAUAAUUUAAAUAAAAUUUUGAUUUUUAGAAAUUUCUGACAACUUUUUGAAAUUUAAAAGUUAUUUUUUAAGACACAACUCGUUUGUAGUGAACAUACUGUACCGUAACUACAUUACACAAGAGAUACUGUACUCGGACGACUUUUCUUUUUGGACGUUGUUAAGUAAGUUCAUUUAUAAAUGGUUUUACUGUGAGUUGACGUAGCUUAUAUUACUACUGAAAACUUAUAUAAACUUUAUUAUGUUCUGAAAUUACUAUGAUACAUUACUAUGGUAUAGCAGAAACUGUUAAACUGUGACAUUUUAAGAUCACUCUGUUAUGUUAUGAUAGUCAACUUUAUACCUAAACCUAAAAUUUUCAGCCGAAGUAGGAGGAGCUCUCGGCUUAUAUUUUGGUGUUACAGUAAUCACAGUCUACGAAACCAUGUUCUUCUUCUUUACAGUACGAGAAGUGAAGCCAGUACGAGAGAAAGAUUUGGACAAGAAGUUGACUAAGAAGAUACUGUACUUGAAAGAAAACAACACUCAAGAUUUGGCUAAAUUACCCAUGCCUUUAAAUUUAUAA